UUCGUCGUACAGUGAGGUUGUACACAACAAUUUUCUCUCUGUAUUCAACGUCCCAUCAUCUGUGUAUAUAUACUCUCUUUCUUUUUAUCAAACCGUUUUAUUUCAUAUGUUUAUAUGGUGUGUUGCACACUUAAAUUAUGUGAGAGAUUCUUUUAAAUCGAAUCCUUCGUCUGCAUGACGUGCGUGUAUUUGUGAUUCCAAAACGAAGAAAACGAACCAAAAGGAAUUCAUUUUAUCAUUUGGUGUGCGUGGUUUUGAUUUAUUUAUCUAUUUUUUUUUCUCAAUUCGUUUCAAAUGUGCAUUGUGUUUUAACGAUUUGCGCCGACCAGUAAACGUAGCGUGCAAUUAAACUUGAGUUAAAUAAGUUAUUGCUUAUUUUUACCUUAAGUUUGGACACUUUUGAAUUGGUUUGUUUCGAGCAAAGAAAAAACACACAUUUUAUUCCCCAUAUCUGUGCUUGUCAGUGUGAUGAUAACACAUCAAAUGCCAAAUCAUUGGAGAACACUAACAAAAGAUCGAAGCGUAUCUGUGCAUUUUUGUUGCAAUCAUUCAAUUCCCAAAUGCAUUUUCCGGUUGUUCAUGUGAAUUGUGCAUCGUAAUCAAUAUACGAUUGAAAACAGUAAAAAUAAAUCGAGGAAAGAAUAAACUUUUAAACAAUAAUUUAAAUCACAUUUUAUCGAUUGCUUAGACACAUCAGCUCAAAAUUUCUUUUGAUCAUCAUCUCGAGCAACUUUCGCGAUUAUUCUGAGUGUAAGGAAAAAAAAAAUUCGAUUCGAAAAAAAAUUGUGAUUGUUUUUCCUUGUUAUUUUCAACUAUCAAGACUAUCUGCAGUGCGGAACUCAAUAUUGAACAAAUCCAAUAAGAACCAAAUUUAAAAUUGAUAAACAACCGUAUUAAUACAGUUGAAAUAAUCAUUGCGGUGCAUACAACUUCAAUAAUAAACCGGAUUAAAUGGAUUAAUUGGCUAGUAAAAUAAAUAAAAGCAAACAAAAAGCACAGCACAUUAUUGUCUAUCAUAUUAUCUUUCCGUUGAAUUGUGGAAAGUGUAUGAGUAGAACAAAAGUUCGAUCGGCCUAGAAACAACCAAAUUCAAUCGAGCACCAGUGACGGCAGCGGUGACAAAAAACAAAUCGCAAACAUUUUAAAAAUCUUACAUUGAAACAAUUUAUGUGAAGAACGAUUCAUCUAAGACGAAUUUACAAAACGGACAGUCAUACAGAGUUGCAUUACAACUGUGCAUUUCAACUCAAGCACACUUAACGUAAUGACAAUGAAACCAGCGUGAAAACACUCUCAUAUCGCGCGCACAUCUUGGAUCUGAACAACUGAAAGUAUAAACCAAUCAACAGAACGGAGUGUGUGUGUGUGUGUGUUUGUGUGUAGACGACUUGUGUAUGUAUGUGUGUGUCAUUUAUUACAUACGUACGAAUAAGUGAACCAGGGACAGAGAAAGAGAGAGAAAACAGUGUCAGUUCAACCAAAAUCAUCAAUUCGAGCGGUGCAUUCGCGCGCGCACCUCUGCCAAAAACAUCGAAUUGAAUUAAGUAACGAAAUUAUUUGUGUGCAUCCAAUUUAAUCGAUAUCAUCCAAAUGGGCACAAAAUCACCGGGCACAUCGCAGCGAUGUCGAUUGAUAUUGCAACACUGUUUGGCGAUACAAUUGAGCAAACCAGGCCAUACUCCUGAAGAUUUCUGGAUGUACGAUUCCGGCUACAUGAUAUUCCAGAAUUUUCUCGCUGCAAAUUCGCAAUGUUGGUGGAACCAAGCACUAACUGCAGCAACAAGAGCGUUAAAAUAUGCUGGUCAUGUUGCUCCAGGGAUGCUGUUAGUCACGGCUGAACCAUGCGCUCUAGAAGUUUUACGUGGUGCAUAUGCAAGAAGCGUUUUGAAACCGCCAGCUACUUAUGUCAUCAGUGCAGUCGGUGAUAUCGAUGAUUGUAUCGUAACUCCGACCGUGCAAGGACAGUUUACACCAUUGCCGGAGGCUCUUUGCGACGUCAUUAUGGAUUUGACGUCGCAAGGACAGUCUGCCACAAUUGAAAAUAUACGCGUCAAAUUAUCAGUGCGGUUUCCACAUAUGCAACAGCCAAGCAAUGAAAUGAUUUACGACAGUCUAGCCCAAUUGAUGCAAGAGAAAAAGAUCUAUCAAACAGCUAAAGGAUACUUUAUAGUGACACCUGAGCGAAGGCGAAGCAGAUCAAGACCACGAAGUCAACGCGGAUUUCCCGAUAAUUUUGAAGAAUCAAUGGAACCAACCGAUGCAAGAACCAUUUUAAUGACAAAUGCUGAAGCCGUACACAAUUUAUAUGGUGAAAUUUCAACGGAACGUGACGGCGAUUUAACACAUCAAUGCAUUCAAACAAAUUUAGCUGAUGUCAUUUGUGGAGGUAAUCCCAAUGACAAAGUAAUUUAUGCAAGAACAUCAAAACGACGAAGUGCAUCAUUUCCAACGCCACGUAGUUUGGAUCGUCGUCAUAGUCUGCGAUUGUUUGGUUCAUCAAAACGAUUACAACGAUGCGCAUCAACGAGAAGUCUUUCGAAAAACUAUGCACAAACAUUGGCAUCGAACAAUUGUGGAACUGACAGCAGCAGCUCAGAAUAUCAAAGCACCGAUUCAUCGUCACCAAGUACGUUUAUUAACAGACACCAUAAUUAUGUGAUUACUUUGAAUUUCAUGCAUUUUCAAUUAUUUCGAAUUUUAGAAAAGGCUUCUCUGCUAUCGAGACUAUUUCGGCGCAGUGGACGAUCAAAGCAACGUCAAAUUGAAACAUAUUCUGCACAAUUUCCGCCAGCUGAAUGGUUUAAUUCAAAGGCCGUACAUUUGCACAGUGUUGGCACACAGACAAGCGAUUUGGAUGCUCCCGAUAUUAAAACACUUUCGAAGUCAACAUUUUAUGAUGGUGCCGAAUUGAGACAUCGAUCAUCAACGCUACCGCGACGUCAUCGUCGUCACAUGUCCAGUGAAUCAACGUUUGUUAUUUCAUCGCGAGAUUGUUCGCCAAUUCGUCGACGUUCGCCGGUCUAUUGUAGCGGUAGUCUUCCUCGAUCAACACAUUCAAUACCCGCUGCAUCGACCCAAACAAAAGUACAACGUACAGUUCCAAGCAAGCAUAUAAUUAACGAACAGAAUCGAAUUACAGCGAAAAGUGGUGAAAUUUAUCGAAGUCCUAAGAAAACUUGUACCCUUGAUAAUCGACUAACAAACGAUCGUCAUUAUCGUUCUGUCAAUAGUGGCCCAUCAAGCUAUGAAUCCGGCAAGGCAUCCGUUUUAUCGGGAUUAUCAAGCAUCGAAGACGAUAAAGUGUCAUAUAGUCGAACAAGCGGACAUUCGAGUCUUGAUUCACAUCCAUCGAUAAGUACGAUUACAACAAAUAAAAGUGGUAGCCGUUCAUAUGCCAAUGGAAAUUGUUCACCAAAACAUCAAUUGGGCAAAUCAAAAUUGACGUUGGACUCAAAUGGACGCAUGAAAUCAACAUCAACAUCAACCAGCAAUGGUCCAACAUCACGUUCAGAUGAUGUUACUGUACCGGUUCUCGGUAAACCACCGAUUGGCAUACCCAAUUCCAGUUCAAACAGUUCAAUCACACUUCAGGUUACCACAUCGAAUGAAAGUCAAAUUCCAAACACAAAGAUUUUUGUGCAAAAUUCACCGGUACGCAGUGUUAUCACACUUGAAAAUGGUAAACUUUUGGACAAUUCAAAUGUUUAUAUUAUAAACAAUGAAACGACAACAAAUGGAAAUGGUGAAAUUAUAAAACGAUCCAUAUCGAAACAUAGUUCGCCGGCCAAAAUGCGUGCAUCAUCGAAACGUGACAAAGAAAAUGAAUUAUUGUUGAUCGAAAAUGAUAUGGCAUCGGAAACAUGCGAUUCACUGUCAUUCAUAAGUGAAACAUCGCCAGAAUCAAGUAUAAUGCCAACACCUACGCCCGAACCAUUUGCCACCGAUUCAAUUGAAAAUUGCAAAUUUACCAAGAACGUAAAUAACGAUGCCACCAUGAAUAAUGGACGAAAAUUCUCGUUGCCCAUAUCCAAUACAAAUAGUAACAUUGUCUAUAAAAAUGUAUUAAAAAAUGUGAAUGACAUUAGUCCAUCGUCACCGUUGAACAAUAAAAAUGUCUUUACAUUGGAUGAAAUGGUUGUGGAGAAAAUCGAAACAAUCAAUUUGGAACGUAAUACAAUUGCCGGUUCGGUUGGUAAUCUUCGGUUCAUCGAGAAAAAUGAAAAAAUCAUCAAUUCAAAUUGUGAUUUGAAGAUGUCACCAUACGAAUGUGGUAAUAUGACAAAAUUAAAUUCAAAUCCAGCCAUCAAUACCGAUUCCAUUGCGCAAAUUUUAUCGAAAAAUAUGAUUGCCGUUGGCAGUGAACCAAAUUUGGCCAUAAAUAGUAACGGUGAUGGUAAGCAAAAAAUCAACAACGGCGAUAAAUCAAUGGACAAAGAAUCGGUCGAUCGUCGAUUCAGCGUAUCGCGUGAGAAUAGCAUUAAUGAUCGCGAUGAACUGUACAAUUUUCCAAGUUUAAGUGAUUUGAGUUUUAAUUUCACAUCGUUGGCCGCACAAAAAAUCCUAAAAGGUGUCAGCAUCAACAGCAUCGAUACAUUAGUCGAAUUGAAUAUGGCACAAGAGAAACAACAAAAUAACGUAUCGUCUACAACUGCCGCCCAACCACAAGCAAUUUGUACAGACUAUGGAAUGGUUUAAACGAGAUGAAGAAUUCAUGUUUUUAUCGCAUUUCGUGUGACCGUAUUUCGAUUCAUCUUUCUCUUCGUAAAUUAUCUUCAUGCUCUGUUCGAUUUUAUUCAUCAUUUAGUUUUAAUUCUUCAAUAAACAGGAACUUUAGCUCUCAAAUGGAAUUGAACAGCAAUAAAAAAAAUUAAGUAGUUCUUUUUUUCAUUUAGUCUACAAAUUCAAUGCGGUUAUUCUCAAUGUAUUUGGGAAGAUUCACAUUGUCGAUGUCCAUUUUUGGAUUUAGAAAAAAAACUGUUUAUUUUACACACGUAAAAGUACAUUUUUAUAGCAUAGCUAGUAAUUGAAAUUAAAAACGAUUUAGAAGUAUACACAUAGAUGACACUUAUAUAGUUUUUCUUAUUAGAUAUAAAGGUGGCAUUUUAUUAUGUUUUCCCCUGCAAUUUCACGCAAACGAAAUCGUCCGCAGAAGAAAAACAAUUAUGCGUCUCACGACGAAUCUGAUUAAUUGAUCGAAGAUUUUGUGGCCAGAUAGGCCACAUGGUCGUGUCAGUACUUUUGUAAAAUGCCCAAAUACAUUUAUUAGCAAUUAUUUAAAGAUUUUAUACAUACAUACAUAUAUGAAUAUAUAUUACGUCAGUUCGAUAAAUACAAGUGCCAAAUUUGCAAA